AUGGGCUCCUCCCUUAAAACUGAGAAGGCGAAACUUCAAGAGGUUCGCAUUGGUCUUAAAUCUGACCAUGUUGACCUCAAAUCAUCCAUCUCCUCACAAAUAUUUAAUCUUCAAUAUGGUCUUGCAAUGGAAAGCAAAAUAGUGGAUGCUCUUGCAGUAAAGAAUAAAAAGGUGAAUGUCCUGACCAUCAAACUUGAGAAUGCUGAGAAACAAGCCAAUGAUUUGUUAUCCGAGAAAGCAGUUAUGAAAAGCUAUAUCGUAGACGUUACUGUCAUGCUUUUAGAUAUCACUAAGACUAGGGACUCAAUGAUUACAAUCACGGUGAAGAAACAUAUUGAUGAAAAACUAUGGCCCGUAUUCUCCAUGCUUCAUCGUUUGGAGGGUGUUCCGAAAUCCAACAACAUUCCGAAACAAAGGGGAGAACAAUCCAAUAAGGAUGACCAUAAGCCUUCAGCCAAUCCCGUUAUCAAAGGUGAAUCUGAUCCUAAAGGCAAAGAAAAAAACUUUCUCCGAAGAACCUAUUAUUGA